GGUGAUAAGUGAAAUGGGCAUGAAUUGGGGAGAAGGGAGGAAGUGUUUGAUGAUAAGCAAGGAGAACUGUAGAAGCAGUAAAUUAGUAGUAAUGGAAAGGGUGUGAGUGAGUGAGGGAGCAAAAUGGGUUGCAGCAGCAUCACUUUGAAUACGGCAGCGGCAUCAAUUUGGAUCCCCACUCCAACUAAUAAGACUAAGGCGCGUGGCCAUGGAUCCUCUCUUUCAGUUACUCCAAAACGGCAACGCCCUUGUCGUUUCUUUUGCGGUGACUUUCGAUCCCCUCUCACUGCUCCAAACGCCCUCCAUUCCCAUACCCACUCUCUGAUUUUGAAGGCGGCGGAGUCAAAGGAGGGUCUCCAUGUUAUGAUUUCUGGAGCUCCUGCUUCUGGCAAAGGAACCCAAUGCCACCUCAUCACCAACAAGUACGGUUUGGUGCACGUUGCCGCUGGAGAUUUACUCAGAGCAGAAAUUGCCACCGGAAGUGAAAAUGGAAAGCGAGCCAAACAGUAUAUGGAGAUGGGACAGUUGGUCCCUGAUGAAAUUGUUGUCAUGAUGGUGAAGGAGCGCCUCUUGAAGCCUGAUUCUAUAGAGAAUGGUUGGCUAUUGGACGGAUAUCCCAGGAGCUUGUCGCAGGCUACUGCACUUCACCAAUUUGGUUUUCAACCUGAUAUUUUUGUUCUUCUUGAGGUUUCUGAAGAUAUUCUUUUGGAGAGAGUAGUUGGACGCAGAUUAGAUCCUGUUACUGGCAAGAUAUAUCACUUGAAGUAUUCUCCUCCUGAGACAAAAGAAAUUGCAGCUAGGCUUACGCAACGUUUUGAUGAUACUGAAGAAAAGGUGAAGUUGCGAUUAAACACCCAUCAUCAAAAUGUGGAGGCAGUUCUGUCCAUGUAUAAAGAUAUAACUGUUAAGAUUAAUGGAAAUGUCUCUAAGGAGGAAGUAUUUGCUCAAAUUGAUGGUGCACUGACGAGUCUUUUGGAGCAAAGGAAGGCUGCUUCAGGAUCUGUGGCUGCAUAGAAGACCAUGUUUUGGCAUCUUGAUCUAGCAUGGUUCCCUGCUAGAGGUAAUGGAUUUAAAGCUAUAUUAUCGUGAAGAUUGAUCCGUUGAAAUUGACGGCUUUAUAUCCCUUUUGGAAAGCAAUGCAGUAAUUGGUUUGGACCAUGCAUGGGGACCUGUGAUAGUGAAGUGCGCAAUAUAUUUUGUAAGUUCAUUUUACGACAAAAUUAUUACUUUAAAUUCGUUUUCAUGUAAUGGCUGGCUGGCUGGCUUGUAAAUGGAGGAUUUAGUGAACUAUCUGUUGUUGGUUGGUUGGUUCCUGUUAUUGCUUGGUUGGUACGUUGUGCGUUCUAUACCAAGUACCAUUUUCUGUAUUAUUUAUUGAUGACUGAAAAUCAUGAAUUUGAUCUACCAAAAGAAAAUAGAAAAGAAUCUAUUGUGUUCUUGAUAG